UGUGGCGCGAGAGACCCACAGUCCCAGGCAACGCUGUGUACAUAGAAACUUCUACUUAAAAAAAAUCAAUAAACAAUUUUCUUUUGUGUUUUUAUCCAACGGUUGGAGUAUUUCGUCAUUUGGGAUAACAAACCCGCAAUAAGAACCGCUUAUCAAGCUGAAAAUGCCUCGUAGACGACAGAGACACAUGGUCGGGAGUGGUUCAGAUGGAACUGAAGACUCUGACUCCUCCGCUGAAAGAGAACAGACUAACAGUUCAGAAAGUGAUGGGAACAUGCCCAAGAGACAGCGCCUCACUAGAGCCUCUACUCGCCUUAGCCAAAGCUCUCAGGAUACUCCAGACUUGAAGCGAGCUGCAGACCAUGACGAAUCCCCGCCAUUGACGCCCACAGGAAAUGCACCUUCCUCUGAAUCUGAACUGGACAUCUCCAGCCCCAAUGCCUCCCAUGAUGAGAGCCAGGCUAAAGAUCAAGCCAACAGAGACUCAGAUAAGGACCUCUCCCAUCGACCCAAACGCCGCCGCUGUCACGAGACCUACAACUUCAACAUGAAAUGCCCCACACCGGGAUGCAAUUCACUUGGUCACCUCACAGGAAAACAUGAACGUCAUUUUGCUGUAUCAGGCUGCCCUCUUUACCACAACCUCUCCGCUGAUGAAUGCAAAGUGAAAGCCAUCAGCCGCGAGAAACAAGAGGAGGAGGUAAAAGGGCAGGAAGAAAACAACUCACGCCAUGCAACUCGUCACCAGACACCAACAUCGAAACAGAGCAAAUACAAAGAGCAGGUGGCUGAGAUGAGGAAGGGGCGAAACUCUGGCCUUCAGAAGGAGCAGAAAGAAAAGCACAUGGAGCAUCGACAGACACACAGCAACACAAGAGAGCCCCUGCUGGAGAACAUCACCAGUGAAUACGACCUGGAGCUCUUCAGAAAAGCCCAGGCCCGUGCAUCUGAAGAUCUGGAGAAACUGCGUAUUCAGGGUCAGAUCACUGAGGGCAGUAACAUGAUAAAGACCAUCCUGUUUGGUCGCUACGAGCUGGACACCUGGUACCACUCACCCUAUCCUGAGGAGUAUGCACGCCUAGGUCGCCUCUACGUCUGUGAAUUCUGCCUCAAGUACAUGAAGAGCCAAACCAUUCUCCGACGACACAUGGCCAAAUGUGUGUGGAAGCAUCCUCCAGGAGACGAGGUGUACAGAAAGGGGAGCAUAUCGGUGUUUGAAGUGGACGGUAAAAAGAAUAAGAUCUAUUGCCAGAACCUUUGCUUACUUGCCAAACUCUUCUUGGACCACAAAACGCUGUACUACGACGUGGAACCUUUUCUCUUCUACGUCAUGACUGAGGCUGACAACACAGGCUGCCAUUUAGUGGGAUACUUUUCCAAGGAGAAGAAUUCCUUCCUCAACUACAAUGUAUCCUGCAUCCUGACAAUGCCGCAGUACAUGAGGCAGGGCUUUGGCAAGAUGCUCAUUGACUUUAGCUACCUGCUGUCCAAAGUGGAGGAGAAGGUGGGCUCACCCGAGAGGCCCUUGUCUGAUCUGGGCCUCAUCAGUUACCGUAGCUACUGGAAGGAAGUGUUACUCAGAUACAUGCACAAUUUCCAAGGCAAGGAGAUCUCCAUCAAAGAAAUCAGUCAGGAAACGGCGGUCAAUCCGGUGGACAUUGUGAGCACCCUGCAGUCUCUCCAGAUGCUGAAGUAUUGGAAAGGAAAGCAUUUGGUGUUGAAGCGACAGGACCUGAUUGACGAGUGGAAAGCGAAGGAGAUCAAGCGAGGUAAUAGCAACAAAACCAUCGACCCGAGCUCACUAAAAUGGACCCCUCCCAAAGGGACAUAAGCACUAAGAUCCUCAGGCUACUGAAUAAACUCACCUCCAGCCUCACCAGCCACAAGUAGCCUCGACCUACGAACUGUCAAUAGUGCUCAUUCUUUCUUUCAUGAUUUUACCCUGCUUUAUUUCUAUCACUGAGCCUUUUUUACUUUUAUAUUUGUACUUUCAUUUAGAUUUUUAAGCACCAUACGUUCCAAGUCCAAUGAUUGUUGACUUAUCUAACAGUUAAUAGAGAAUCUCUUUGUCCUAUUUUAAAACUGCCUACAUCUACUAAGCUUUGAAUGUUAAAUGAUAAAUGGUCCCAUGUGGUGGAUAACAUGAAUGUUUUGCUUCGCUCAUGCAAAAAAAACAAACAAAAAAAACAUACCCUUAGCAGCAUUUACAGGCUGUUUUUAAUUUCAGUCCAGAAAUGUGCAUUAUGAAGAUGGUAGCUGUUUUUGUUUGGGAUUAAUACAAUAAUUGUUAGCAUGAAUUGAUCAGUAAGCAGAGUGUGUUUUGAGGAGUAUGAUGUGAGUAUGAUGUAUGGUAACGUCUUUGGUUGGUGUAAAAUUGUAUAGAUCAUAAUAAUGUGUACUUUUUUUCCGAGCUCCAUCAAUACAGGAUUUGGACCCAUUCCUCUGAUGAACCUGCCAAAUAAAAGAAGAAUAAAUUGUAGAUAUUUUUUAAUUUGCUAAGAAUAUGAGAAAAUGAUAACACCACUGUAAGAAUGCACAUAGAAAUAAAACAACCUCAGGUUUUUAUACUGAUACAAUCAUACCUUGCCUGUGUGGUUUCUCCGAAACAUCGAUGGCAGUGGUUGUUGCAGGUGGACUCAUUCCAGUAAAAGAUUCUGUAAUAAACAGAAAACAAUUCAACAUUUCAAUGGGACUGUCUUUGCCUUGUACUUUGAAUCAUAGCUGUUAAAUGUGUAUUUGCAAUUUGAUAUU